AUGACCUCAGGCAGGGAGCCAGAAGGCACCGAAGAGGCACUCGAUGACAAGAUGAACACAGGCUUCGAGGAUCUAGGGCGAUUUUUGGCUGGGUUCGGAAGGAGUCUGCCGGUCGGAGGACCAAAGGAGCAGAUUGGUGAUCUAACUAUCAUCGAGGUGCUGUCCGAGAACAGGAGCCAUGACAAGGCACUGCAAGGCCGAUCGUAUUUGAACCGGCCCACCACUUCACCAGCCCCUCUUGAACCACCGUACCCGGCUCUGGAUGGAGCAAUCUCAUACUCAGUCUACUGCAUCUUCGACACCUCUCCAAUACCCAUCCCCUCAAGUCGCCAACACGGCCGCAGCCACUACAUCAUCAACGGCACUGCCGUCAACAAGCGCAAGGCUGACAAUGAGCCUGGCACAAAUGGACAGGUCGGAAAGAAGAAGGCCCGCACCCGAGUUAGUUAUUCGUGCUCGGAGUGCCAUCGCAGGAAGCAAAAGUGCGACCGACAAGUGCCGUGUUCGCAUUGCAUCGCCCGUCGUGUUCCUGAGCUAUGCAAGAAUUACACGCCUGGCAAGGGAGAGGGAGACCUCAACCUGCGCAUUGCUCGCUUAGAACAAAUUAUCGAAAUGGCACUACCUCACAUCAGUGCUUCCGUAUCGAUCAGCUCGUCUGGAGAAAUUGUUUCUCCCCAACAGGGCCAACAUAGCUUCUCCCGGUCAGCCUCCCCCUCGAAUGAGACAGACGAGGGAAUUGCUACCGGGACAACCCUAGAUAUCGCAGCAGGGACUCUGCAAUCAGGUAAAUGGUAUGGUGCCAGUGCUCUUGGGAGCGUGAGCGUUGUCCCUAUUCUCGAGCAGCUCCAGCACAAUGGCAUUUCAACCGGGCGUCCCCCUACUUUGGACGACAUACAGCAACCAACCGCUGCUGAAAAACUCAAGUCUCUUGUUCAGGAGUGUGGCGUUCCUCCUCAUAAGCUCGCUGAGCUUGUCCAAGAUCUUCCACCCAAAUCUGUUGCCGACACACUAGUCGACUUUUAUUUUACUCACAUAAACUACACCCGAUACCCCUUGUAUGAGCCAGCUUUUCGAGUAAGCUAUGAUUCCAUAUGGACGAACGGCGUACGAGUUUCCCCCAGUGACGCAAGAUUCCUCCCUCUUCUAUUUGUGGUGAUGGCCACAGCUGCGCGGCUCGCGCCAGAACACAUUGCUGGUGACUUACGAACUCGCCGUGUUACUAGCCUGAGGUAUUAUUGGUCCUCGCGCCGUACAUUAACGCUGGCGUCCGCAAUUCAAAAUGAGAGUUUAGAGUUAUUGCUCGCUCGACUUCUGAGUGCGCGCUUCUUGAUAUUUGAUCGUCGAAUUACUGAAUGCUGGAGCCAGCUCGGUGCUGCCGUUCGCACGGCGCAUGCACUUGGGUUGCACCGCGAUGGUGCCAAACUGGGCCUAGAUCCGUUUCAGACAGAAUAUCGCCGACGAAUUUGGUCUUACUUGUACCAUGCAGAUCGUACCCAUGCACUUCUCCUGGGUCGACCGCACUCCAUUCAGGAUGACUAUACAGACACUCUACCUCCAAUGAAUAUCGAGGACUCGGAGCUUCUCAUUGCGACUUCUUCGCCACUGAGACCGCACCCGUUGUCUCAACCGACGCAUAUGACCUUCGUGAUCUUGAGGCAUCAACUGGCGAAGAUUAUUGGACAUAUUGUCCAUCAUUUCCAAUUUGUCCGUAGUCAUUUGAGGUACCAGGAAGUACUAAACUUGGACAACGAGCUGCAGCAAUUUGUCGCAGCACUCCCGCCGCAUUAUAGUCUGGAUCCUGACACUAGCUUGGAUACCGUAUUGGAUUUCCUACCGGUCCAUCGAUUCCUUAUUGUUACCGAGGUUUACUUUGUGCGCAUAAGUCUUCAUCGGCCGUAUUUGCUCCGCAAAUUGGACUCGGACCGGUUCAACUUUUCUCGAAAGGCGUGUUUCGAUUCCGCUCGACGCGAUUUUGAAGCUCGCCAGGCUUUCAAAGCAACGACCCACAAAACCAUUUUGGAUAGCCUAGGCGGGGCUUACCGUGAAUUCCAAGCCGCAAUGAUUUCGGGGAUCGCGCUCUUGAUCGAACCGCAGAGCGAAGAGAGCUUUGCACGGAGGCGUGUGCUCGACACCUUUAUCAACCAAUACGGAAGUAGUUCGGAGGUUGAUUCUACUACUCGACGCGAGCUUGCGAUUAUCGAGCUCCUUCAGGGCAAACAGGGAAGUCCUACAACUGAGGAGAAUGCCAAAUUACUCCUUGAUCUUAACCGGGGCGGAUCCGCAGUUACGCGGGGCCGCGCGGGUUCCACUGCUUCUACUCGUCCCAUGUCCACGACACCUGGUCACACGCUCGGUGCUACUACUCCUUCGAGCUCUGCAUCUCCGUAUAUGCAUCACCCAUCCCCUGCCAUUGGACCGUUUUCCGGCCCGAUCAAUCUCGCAACUAUUUGA